AUGCAACAACCAGAACAACAAAGAGAAGAUGAUAACAAAAACCACAAUAACAACAAUAACAACAAUGAGGAGGAAAAGAAGAAGGAGGUAGAUGUCACAGUAACAGGAACUGUGGAGGGCAGCGAAAACACAAAUACACCGGCAUCUACAAUCAACACAACAGAGAAACAUCAGGAACACCAGGAAACUGAACACUCCCAUAAAGAACACCAGGAAAAUGAACACUCUUCUCAUGAACACCAGAAAGAUCAUCAAGAAGCUGCAGAGUCCGCUAAAGUAGAUCAACAAGAACAUCAAGGAAGUGUAGAGUCCACUCAUGAACACUCCUCUAAAGAUCAUCAAGAAACUGCACACUCUUCUCAUGAACACUCUUCUAAAGAUCAUCAAGAAGCUGCAGAGUCCGCUAAAGUAGAUCAACAAGAACAUCAAGGAAGUGUAGAGUCCUCCACUCAUGAACAGCAGAAGAAAGAACAUCCACCCAGCAUGUUGGGUGUGCUCCCCCAUCGUGUAUUUCCAAAGGAGGAGAUUGAGGCCCUCAUGGAGGAACAUCGUCUUCGCGCCCAACAACAACAACAACAACAACAACAACAUCAUCCGAAAGAAGAGACACGCCACUCCGCCAGCAAACGCAACUCCACCGCAGCAGGCACGUCGAGAAAAGGAAGUGUCCAUCCCACCGCGAGUAAACGCCACUCCGCCGCGGAUGUCCAUCGCCAACACCCCCACGCCCUUCAACAACUCCAACAACAACAACAACAACUGCUAACAUCUCUUGCGGCGGGGGCUAUUCCCGCAAACCAGUUGUCGGCCUAUUCCAUGGCCUACACCGCCGGCGAGAUCCCACCACCGCCGUAUCCAGAUCUCGUGCUGGCCGCAGAAACCGCCACCGCUGCUCUCAAUAAUAAUAAUAAUAAUAAUAAUAAUAACAGCAGCAGAGCGCAACUCUCACCAUCUCUACAACCGCAAGCAACACCAGCGCAGCCUCUGCGUAGUGCCUGGGGAGUGACGCAGCCCUCAGCGUAUAUUAAUCUCCCACAGGCUUACACCGCCCAAACGACAUAUGAUCCCGCCACGGCAAUACGCGUUGAGCAGAUGCUGCAGCAACAACAACUCCAACAACUUCAACAACAACAACAACAACAACAACAGGCAACGGAGGCCGCUGCAACUUAUAUGGCACUAUCGCAAUUGGCACAGGCACCACAGGGGGGAAAUGUGAUGGGAUUGAAUAUGCAGGAACUCGGUGUACUCGCACGGCUUAUUGUGCUCGCCCAAGGUGAACAGCAGCAACAACAGCAACAACAACAACAACAGUUACAGCUACAGCAAUUGCAACAAUUACAGCAACUUCAGCAACUGCAACAGUUACAACAGCUACAGCAGCAUCUUUUCUCUCAAAAACAGCAGCAGCAGCAAAAUCAACAACUACAACAACAGUAUUACUACUAUCCGGGUGUAAAUCAGCAGAACGCCGUGCAGUUUACAAAUGCAGUGAAUCCACCGCCAACAUCACCAGGGAAGGCGACUCUUCCCUCUUCUAACACGAAUCUGCAGGAAAACGCCGCGGUGGUGACCAAUAUUCUGAGUACGGUGGAGAAAGAACCACAGAUGGUGGAAACAUCAGUGAGUCAGGCCACUGUUGUCCCACAGUCUUAA